AUGACCGGGAAACCGCAUAAUAACACAAAUCCUCGUAAAUUUAAGGAGAAAAUAGAACUUCUUCGCCAAAAGGAGGCCCAAUUAACAGCAAAUUUCAUGGAGGUUAUGCGAGGAAUUCCCACUCUCACACGGAACGUGGUACCCUAUCCAGAUUUAUCCAGCAAAGACCUUCCACAAUCCGAUAAUUAUUUACCAGCCUCAAGGUUGUCAUUGGAUCCCGGUAAAUCCUCCGGAUAUACUCGUCGGAGAGGUGAUUCUAGCGGCUAUCAGUAUGCUCUCGAGUCGAGCACUGGCAAUUCAAAUCAUUUUAGCCUAUACAAUAACAGUGAAGGUGGGGGCGGUGGUGGUGGUGGGGUGGGUCGAACUCCUCGGACAGACGGGAUGGAGCUGCAGGUACAGCCGCGACCACCGCCGCCAUCGCAGUCUCAGUCACGGAAGGCAGAGACGAAGGUGGUAACGUCUACAGAGUCAGGGAAACCUGGCUUGCUCUCCCACAUCUCCCCUCUUCACGCCCCACAAACAUCUUCUCCCUCUGCCUACCAACCAAAUCUCGUGCCAAUUUCUGUCUCACCUCAUUCUCCCCAAUUCUACGCUGACUCAAACACCCCUCCAAACCGUCAACACCAUCCGCAGUUCCAUCAACCUCCACCACCACCGCCACCACUAGGUGUACCAGAGCCAGCCUCCCAGCAACCGUCGCGAGGAUAUGCUUGUCAGUCGGCUUGGGGCCUUCCAGGGACUCAGGAUUGUGGUAGCGAACCGGUGGGCAAUGCUUUGAAUAAUGCAUCAACGGCAGCGUCGAUGAUUGGUGACAUGAGUUUGGUGGAAUACCGAAGGACCUACUCGGAUUCAUGCAUCCCCAGCAGUUUUCCCGAUGUCUCCGAUCAUUCCCGAUGUCUUCCACUACAUCAGCAGUAUCACCGCCAGCAGAACCAGCCACAACCACCGCCGCCACAAUUACUUCCACCACCGAUACAGCAGCAGCGACAGCAACAAAGGCAGCAUCAACGAACUCUCCCACCAGUGGACGAACUCACUCUCCCCCGCUACCAGAACGCGAACAGCAAUACCGCUUCAAACAGUCCUCACUCUUCAUGCUUCAAUGGGAGUUCACUAUCUUCCCGCUGUCGUCAUCAAUCAUCCACCACCGUUUCUCAGCAACCGUUUAGACGUCUACAGUCGGACUACCAUAGUAUGCGAAAUAUUCCACAGCGCUACGCUCCGGUGCAUCACCACCAUCACAAUCCUCAACAGACGGCGGUCUCUGCGCAGCCCUUGGUGAUGCAGCCUACUGCGGGCGGAGAGGGCUACGCUCCUGCACCCAUACCUCAUCUCUAUCAGACGUGGACCAUGAAUGGUAGUAGUGGUGGUGGUGGUGGUGGUGGAAGUUCAGUGUCUGCCUGUGAUCUACCGUCAUCCUCACCUGCGUUGAGGCUGAAAAGGACUGAUGUCUACGGUGAAUACCGGGCAAAGCCGCCGGCGUUACAACUCCUUCCCCAAGCCCCGCAGAUGGCGACGGCAAUGGGCUACGAAAAUCACUCCGCAAGGUCUGGUGGUGGUAGUAGUAGUAGCAGUGAUGGCGGUGGUGGUGGUGGUGGGUAUUUUGGGGCUUCCACGACUGACUCUCUUACGUACCAUCCAGCGCAGCCUUCGUGUACUUCUUCCAUGCUGAGCUCUGCGGCUGCCACCACUGUCAGUAGUAAUGGCGGCGGCUGUAUUGCAAUAUCCUCAUCUGCACCUCUCACCCAACCCCUCGACAUUAGCGUCCUUGACAGCGACGCUUUUCCCUCUCCAGAACAAGAGGGCCGUAGAGACAGUUUCAGCAUGGCUGUCGAUUUACUUUCUCGUCUUGAGAAACGUCCUCUUGACUCCUCAAUUGCUUCUUCCUCCGCCUCCACCGCCUCGCCUCCUCCGCCAUCACUGCCUACAACAACAACAACAGGAACGACUUUGUGGAACAGUUCUGUCGCCUGUCCUCCGCCCUCCAAAAGCGCCAAAUUUGAUCCCACUGCAUCCACCACCGAAACUGCCGCCUCCGCCUUCUUUGUGCCAAUUGCAGCCAAUGAUCUACAACUCCUCACUGAGCCAAGCAUGGCCAAUUACGUGACCGAUGCGGCAACUGAGGAUCAACUAGUGAGGGAACAAUACUCGCCUACGUGA